AGCGGCGGCGCCGAGCGCUCCCGGGGCGGGCGGGGCGCGCUCCGGGACACCCCGGGACCGGCGGGGCGGUGCCUGCCGCAGGGAGCGCUCCCGCCAUGGAGGUGCAGUCCUACUACGCCAAGCUGCUGGGGGAGCUGAACGAGCAGCGCAAGCGGGAUUUCUUCUGCGACUGCAGCAUCAUCGUGGAGGGCCGCAUCUUCAAGGCGCACAAGAACAUCCUGUUCGCCACCAGCGGCUACUUCCGAGCGCUGCUGGUGCACUACAUCCAGGACAGCGGGCGCCACAGCACGGCCUCGCUGGACAUCGUCACCUCCGAGGCCUUCGCCGUCAUCCUGGACUUCCUCUACUCGGGCAAGCUGGACCUGUGCGGGGACAACGUCAUCGAGGUGAUGUCCGCCGCCAGCUACCUGCAGAUGACCGACGUGGUCAACUUCUGCAAGAGCUACAUCAGGUCCUCGCUGGACAUCUGCAGGAAGAUGGAGCGGGAGGCGGCGCUGCGCCAGGCGGACGGCGGCGCCUCGGGCCCCGCCGCGCCCUGCAGGGCCUCGGCCGCCUCCUCCUCCUCCUCCUCCCUGCAGGAGAAGGUUCCUGGGGGCGGCUGCCAGCCCCCGGAGCUGGCCAGGGAGGCUGCGGGCGAUGGCCCGGCCGGGCUGGAAGCCAAGGUGGAGCUGGAGGCCGAGGAGGGCGGGCGGGCGGCGGCGCCGCAGCCCCUGGAAGAGGGGCAGCCCCUGGAGCUGGCCUGCAACAACCUGCACAUGAAGCAGUUCCUGGAGGCUCUGCUGCGCACCAGCUCGGCCCCCAGGAAGGAGGACGUGGUGCACCACCUUGUCCGGGGCUUCGAGGGCAGGGCUGAGGACGCUGCCGUGGCCGUGAGCUCCAUGGGGGACAUUCACAGCGACUGGUAUGGUGAGGACACAGGUGACGUGCUGGUGGUGCCCAUCAAGCUGCACAAGUGCCCGUUCUGCCCCUACACGGCCAAGCAGAAGGGGAUCCUGAAGCGGCACAUCCGCUCGCACACCGGGGAGCGGCCGUACCCCUGCGAGACCUGCGGCAAGCGCUUCACGCGCCAGGAGCACCUGCGCAGCCACGCGCUCAGCGUCCAUCGCUCCAACAAGCCCAUCAUCUGCAAGGGCUGCAGGAGGACCUUCACCAACAGCCUGUCCCAGGGGCUGCGGCGCUUCGGGCUCUGCGACAGCUGCACCUGUGUCACCACCACCCACGAGGACUCCCUGCCCAUCAACCUCAGCCUGGUGGAAACAGCCUCGGAAGGGCAGGAGAAAGGGGAUGCUGACAAUGACUGGCCCAUCUAUGUGGAGUCUGGAGAGGAAAAUGACCCAGCUGAGGAUGAGGAUGGCGAUGACAAGCAGGAAAUCCACAGGACUUUGUCAGACAGAGAGACUUUGAUGUAGCAGUGAGAGGAGAGGGGGAGCACUGAGAGGUUCCCUGGCAGUGUCUGUGACAAAACUGCACGUUUGCUCAAUCAGUGACACUGUGCUGGUUUUUAUUGUUCUGGUUUUUCAUUAAAUUGCGGGGAGAAUUGGAAUUUUUAAUACUUUUUAAGUUUUCAGUGCUGUGCACCAGAAAUCUGUGAAGAAUCUUCUGUCUGAGGCUCACAGAGGUUGGACUUGAGCAGUUUCUCUGCCUGCUGGUUUUGGGUUUGCAGGUGGAACACCUCUGGGUUGUUUUGGGGACAGAUUUUUUCAAAUAAUGAGACAUAAUCCCUGAUCUGAAAGGGGCACCACCUUUUCUCUGAAGAUGACAUGAAAUGUGGUUUACAUCUCUUACCUUGGGACUUUUCCAAGCCAGUCUGUGAUUCUUCUGUCUUAGGACAGUGUUAUCUAAAUUAUGAACCAUAAAUGUUUGCUGAGACUGGAUUUGACCUGGAAACCAGGGCAGAAAAACCAGGAUAACAAAAGAAACCCAACAAUAAUAUGCUGCUGCUGAAAAGAUAGACAGGAAGAAUACAUCUAUUUCACCUAAUUAAUUGCAGGAAUUUAGAGAUCAAGCUUUUCUUUCUGAAUUUUUACUGCAUUUUCCUCUCCUCAGAGCUCAGGCUGUGGAUCUUCAGCUGUGUCUUUAAUGUCACUCAGAAUUCAGUAGUCUUGGCUUCAACACUAAGCACAAAUAAUGGUGUUUUCAUGGCCAGGACUAAGAAAUCCCAAAUUCUUUUCAGCUUUUUACCACAGGAGUUAAAAGCUGUCAGGCAGGUUCCUUGGGAAUUCUGAAUAACCAGAUCCACACCUGCUGUAGCUGGGGAGCAGUGAAAUAUCUGAGCUAUGCUUUAAAAAGCUCUGAAUGCCCUUUUGGAAUCCUUUUCUUCCUCUUUUCCUGUAAUUUCUUUUCAAAUUCGGGGAUCCUCUCAUAAUUUACAUUUGGUGAUUUUAUCCAAUAUUUAUUUUCUUGAGAAACCUCCACUGUGGACCUCCUGUUUCUUUGCUGGGGCAGCUAAAGCUUUACAAAGGAGGUGAGAUUUUGUCACCUUUCCAGCAGCAAGUUUUUAAAGCUAUCAAAGCUCAGGCUGGGAAGCUUCAGAAGAAAACCCAGCACCACCAGAGAGCCUGUUUGCUUAGGGGUGACCUCCUGUGCCCUGACAAAGGGACAAAACUGAAAUAUACUGUGAAAUAAGACUGUUAGUGCUUCUUCACUCUGCUGUUCCUAAGUGUUUCACGAAAAGGCAAAUUGGAUGAGUCUUUUUGGCUGGAGCAGAUUCUGUAGACAGAUUUGGCUGACAAAGAGUGAGCAGUUCCUCCCACUUGGUGCUGUUUCCUGAGGGUUUUGGUGUAAAGAUUUUCCACUUGGCAAACUUAAAAAACCCAAGAGCCCUCUGAUUUAACCAGGGUUUUUUCUGCAUACCUCGUGCUUUUUCUUGUACAGGUUGAAAAAGAACAAUUCAGCUUCUCCCUGUGCUUCAUCCAGCAGUGACACUGCCCCACUGAAAUGUCAGAUUUGUUUGUGAGAGGUGAUCCUGCUCUCACAAGUGCAGCCAAGGCUUCAUUGCCACACCAGGCAGGACGAGGAAAGAAGAAAAAAAGUUAUUUUAAAGAAUUGACUUUACUGGUGGCUGCUGCAAAGAGCAGAAGGUGAAGAGACUUCUUUUGGAGCGGUCUGCUCCAAGUUCUUGAUGAGUGUCACCACAUAAUGUGCUGGGUUUAUUUUCUGUCCCUUAAUUUGGGUGAGUUUCAGUCAUCCCUGUUCCAGCUCAGCUGGAAGUUGGAGUUUGUAGAAGCUGGACCACAGUCCAGUAACGAAGACCUUUACAGAAUUCCCUGUUUUGGUCAAUCUGAAUUAAGGGACAUGGAAGGGACAGCUCAUGGAGGUGCCACUUUUGGAGCUGAGCUCCUCUGAAAAUCCUGCUGUGGUUUUGGCUCCUUGGUGCUCUUGAGCAAAAUGUGAGUUUGUAUAUCUUGCUGGAAUGUUUGGAAAAUCACCUUCCAGCCUCCCAGGGUUUGUCUUUUGGGCUGCUGGAGUUUUGGUGAGUCCACCCAAAACCACAGGGCGAUAAAGGUGAUAAAGGAGGGACUUUCUGCCUUGAGAGCCACGGACAAAUCUGAUUUUUCUGGGGGAGAUUCACUGAUGGAAGUGGGGCAGGAAUGUAAAUAGGGAUCCAAUUCAUAUUUAGUGGCCAGGCUCCCCCAGCUCUGGUCACAAAGAUUCCACCUCAUUGUAAAUAUUGGUAGAAGCCACCAGACCUGGAGCAUCAGCUGAGCCUGCUCUGCUUCAGGGCUGGGAAGUUCCUGGUGUGGCUGAGCCCGUGGAGACACUUGGAGCAGGGACAAUGAACCCUUGGCAGCUGCAGGAAUGGCUGCAGAGAUCCUCUCCUUCACCCUGCUGUCUUUGCUCUUAGAGAUUGUCCUUGUGUGUUUGUGCCUAGAGAAUGGAGCUGCAGGGGAGGCUUUCCACAGGGAAACUUCCACCCAACUCGGUGUUUCCUGGUAAAUUGUCAUUUUGUGCUGCUUUGUUUUGUUUUCCGUGGAGUCUUUUCAGCCUUUGGAUGUAGAAGAGGAUGGAGUUGAUUUAUCCACAUGCUUGUGACCGGGUGUUCGUGUGAAUCCUUUGCUUGUGCUUUCCACUUCGUUUUCUGGAUGUUUUUUCCUCAAAUCUUCCAUUUGUAGAUCCAGCCUCUACAAGCUUUGAGAAAAUGAUGUUGGCUGUUUAAAAAAACCUUCCUGUGGUGCUUGAUGAAGAAUCAAAAAUCAUGUUUUUAGGGGAGUUAUUUCUAAUAGAAUCUCUUUCUCAAAGGUUUUUAAAGGCCGUGAAGGUGACAUAUCUUAAAACUUAGCUGGUUGUACUUGACUUUGUUUAGGAAUACACAUUUUAAUGGAUUUUUGCACAGAAAUGCACUGUAUUUCACUGAAGGAAUACAUGCUGCACUGGUGUUUGUAGUGCAUUUAACCUCUUGGUGCAAAGCCCUUGUAAAUCUUCCAAAUGUGCUCGUUGAAUUUCCUGAUGUUUUGUAAGACAGUUUCAUAACCCAAGUCCUUUAGUCCAGUAACGAUGACAAAUUCUUAUAAACUGACCCUUAUUUGUGGAAGUGACUGAACUAUAUUUGUGGAUCUUGGAGCAUUCUGGAGUUUUUUGAUUGUCUAGAAAAUAAAACUCUCUGAGAGGGUUGCUUUGA